AUGAAGCAAGAAGACCCUCGGACACUUUCCAGCGACAAGUCAAGUGACGAACGCUGGAAGUCGAACCAUGGAUUCCCACCAUCACGAGCAAGCCACGCGAAUCUUGCGGCCAAGUCUCCAUCGGCCCGCUUCAUCCGUAACGCCGCGAAGGCGAUCGGCGGCGCGUCUCUGCAAUUGAACCUUGGCUUCGCUCUCAACAUCAUCUUGCGUAUUCUGCUCUCCUUAUCCGACUUUACGCAAUACCCGAGUAGGAACAGUCGACCAUGGAUCCUCUCCUUGAGAGCGUUCACCACGUCCCCAAGAGCGCUGGACCCUGAGGAGAAGCCCCGGAAGCCCAAGGCAGCCACCCCCCUCCGCCGCGCCGCCGCCCAGUCCCUCCCCAUCCGCUCCAACCCGACGCCCACCCGAAGCAGCAUCCAGCCAGUAAACACUCUCACCACCGCCGAACGCUUCGUCCUCUCCCGCCUCCGCUCCCGCCCGCCCACCUCCGAGCAGCUCAUCGCGCUCUACGACUCGUGGUGGGUCCCGCGCUGGACGAACGGCGCGCGCGAGGGCGAGCUCUUCAUCUUCGCGAACGGGAGCAUCGUGGGCUGGGGCCUGGAAGAGGCCGACCUCAAGACCUUCGCCGCGCAGGUCACGAAGCGCGUGCCCGGGCUCGAGGUGAACCCGCUCGCGGAGCCGGAGACGGAGGAGCUCGAGUUCGUGACCGACUCUGCAGAAGACACCCGCCUCCAAGGCGACCUCAUCCUCCUCGGCAAGCCGACCACCUUCAGCAACGAGCACCCGCUGCUCGACACCCUUCCCUCCCCCGUCUACCCGCGCGAGACCCUCCUCGCGCGCUACGCCUUCUCCCAGGCCCUCGCGCGCUCGACCUCCCUCUCCGCCCUCGAGGUGUCCCUCGACGAGUACCUCUCCUCCCUCGCCGCGCUCCCCCUCGCGCUCGAGCGCACGGGCAAGCCGAAUAUGGACCGCAAGACGCUCAUCAAGAAGCUCGGGACGCUGAUGAAGUUCAGGCAGGGCAUCAGCCUGAACCGGGAGAACUACAGCGACGUGCCGGACUUUUACUGGGAGGAGCCGGAGUUGGAGCGCCACUUCAAGUCGCUCAGUGAUGCGCUGGAGAUCAAGGCGAGGACGGACUCGGUCAACGAGAAGAUCACGUACGCCGGCGAGAUGCAAUCCACGCUGCGACAACUCCUCACGGAGAGCUCCGCGCACGACAUGGAGGUCAUCAUCAUCCUGCUCAUCGCCGUUGAGGUCGUCAUCGCCUUCAUACGGGAUGGUCCCGAGCUUUGGGAGAUGCUGACUGGUUCGGGGGAGAAGGAGGCAGAACACAAGACCGCGUAGGGGAAGAGGUUGCCGAUGCUCUCCGGGUUAGGCGCCCAAGUCAAGCGCUCGCAAGAGGUAUUGCCCACUAAUCGGCUAGCGAUCUUCUUGCUUACUUGAGAGCACGUCGCACACGUGUGUGCUUCCCGCCGCCUCCGAGUCCUUGAGGACGACACGCUACUCACAAUAUGCCGCCUAACGGGCUACUCAUCAUACACCCCCUAACGCGCUACUUAUCAUACA